AUGUCAAUAUGCAAUAAAACAUUCUCAACAAAACAGAAAUUAAUUGAACAUGGAGAGAUGCAUGCUGGACCUUACGAAUGUGAAAUAUGCAAGAAUACAUUCAGAACAAAAGAAAUAUUGAGACAACACCAAAUUGUUCACACAGGAGAAAGUGAUAAGGUAUUCGCAAUCAAACAAGAAUUAAACCAACAUGAAAUGAUUCACACUGGUGAACGCCCUUACGAAUGUAUAAUUUGCAACAAAACAUUCAUAACAAAGCAAACAUUAAACAAUCAUUUAAUGAUUCACACGGGAGAACGACCCCAUGAGUGUGAAAUAUGCAAUAAAACAUUCAAAACAAAAAGGGAAUUGAAACAACAUGCAAACGUUCAUACGAAAGAAAGCUAUCAGAAAUGUCUGAUAUGCAAUAAAACAUUCUCAACAAAACAGAAAUUAAUUGAACAUGGAGAGAUGCAUGCUGGUGAACAACCUUACGAAUGUGAAAUAUGCAAGAAUACAUUCAGAACAAAAGGAAUAUUGAGACAACACCAAAUUGUUCACACAGGAGAAAGUGAUAAGGUAUUCGCAAUCAAACAAGAAUUAAACCAACAUGAAAUGAUUCACACUUCUGAACGCCCUUACGAAUGUAUAAUUUGCAACAAAACAUUCAUAACAAAGCAAACAUUAAACAAUCAUUUAAUGAUCAUACGGGAGAACGACCCCAUGAGUGUGAAUAUGCAAUAA